AAACUAGAUCUAUGACUCACAUGUGUUGCGAAUAAGGCUAACAACUACUAGAUCUAUAAGCGGCUAUAAUAAGCAGAAUAUUUGAUCUACUAUGCAUAUGCCCCUAAAAAAAGCCCUAAAUGACUAAUGGCAGUAAUGCUUAAAAUUUUCAAAAUCUUAGUCUCACUGAGUCUUUCGGACUAGAUCUAGAUAUCUUAGAAUAUCUAGAUUGACUAGAUUUAGAUCUAGAGAUCUAGAUUCUAGUCAUCUACAUCCACACUCAUCACACUGACACAGCCCUACACAACUAGUCAACUACUGAACUAGUGAUUACUAGUGUUACUUGACUUACAACUUAAGUACUAUAUAACUAUAUUAUUUACUAUAUAUAGUACUUAUACUACUUAUAGAUCUAGCUGAUUCUAGCUACACUAUAGUUCUAUUGGUGCCUGAAAUUUAUGAAAAAAAUGGACCAGAGCUGGGAAAGUCUUCAAAAUGUUUUGGAUAAAGAAAUACUCAAUGCUGUCAAUGACUUAAAGUUUUUGAAAAUGACUCCUGUUCAAGCAGCGACUAUCCCUCAUUUUGUUAGUAAUAAAGAUGUUGCUGUUGAAGCCAUAACUGGCAGCGGUAAAACUCUUGCUUUUGUUGUUCCUGUGAUGCAGAUGCUGCAUGUCAGAGAAAUUCCUCUUAAAAAACAAGAGAUAGGUGCCAUUAUUCUGACUCCAACCCGUGAACUUGCUUUUCAAAUUAAUGAGGUGGUUGAACAUUUUACAAAGUUUCUGACAAAUUUUUCUUCAUGUUUAUUUAUUGGUGGAGAGAAGACGGUAGCAGAUAUAAAUAAAUUCAUGACAGAUGGAGGCAAUAUAGUUAUUGCUACUCCUGGUAGACUUGAAGAUCUUUUUCAAAGAAAAGAAAAUGGUUUUAAUUUAGCUGCAUCAGUGAAAUCAUUGGAAGUGUUAGUAUUAGAUGAAGCUGAUCGACUUUUGGAUAUGGGCUUUGAAACAAGCAUCAACACAAUCUUGAGUUACCUGCCUAAACUGAGAAGGACAGGUCUAUUCUCAGCCACACAAACAGAUGAAGUCCAGAACCUGAUACGAGCAGGGCUGAGAAACCCAUUGCAAAUAAAGGUGAAAGAGAAGCCUUCUCUGUCUGGAUCUAGUCAAAAGACACCCAUGAUGUUAAAAAACUAUUACAUGUUGGUAGAAGCAGAUGAAAAAUUUUCACAACUUGUCCAUUUUCUUCAACAUCACAAGAAAGAGAAAAUUAUGAUAUUUUUCAGCACAUGCGCCUGUGUUGAUUAUUUCUCUAAAUGUUUACAACAGAUUCUGAAAAAGAUGCAGAUCUUGAUGAUUCAUAGUAAACUGAAAAGUAAACGCAAUAGAGUUUUUGAAACAUUUAGACAAAUGAACAAUGGUAUAUUGAUAUGCACAGAUGUAAUGGCCCGAGGUGUAGAUAUUCCAGAAGUACACUGGGUAAUACAGUUUGACCCACCUAGCUCUGCCAGUGCUUUUGUACAUAGAUGUGGCCGCACAGCUCGUAUAGGUCAUGAAGGCAAUGCACUUGUGUUUCUAUUACCCUCGGAAGAUGCAUACAUCAAGUUUAUUGAAAUCAAUCAGAAAGUCCCACUGCAGCAGAUGGAUAAGUCAAAUAAUGUUUCUGAAAUGUGCACAAGGCUGCAAACAUUUGCCAUUAAUGAUCGGGCCAUCUACCAAAAAGGUUUAAGGGCCUUUGUCUCAUACAUACAAUCGUAUGCUAAACAUGAAUGUAACAUGAUUCUCAGAAUGAAAGAUUUAGAUUUUAGCAGAAUGGCAACUGGCUUUGGUUUACUACACGUCCCAAAAAUGCCAGAGUUGAAAGGUAAAUGUUUGUCUGGUUUCCAGUCUAUAGAGGUGGAUGUGUCCACGAUACCUUACAAAGACAAAGCCAGAGAGAAGUUAAGACUUGAGAAACUUCAGGCUGGGGAAAGUCUGAAGAAAGUGAAGAUUGUGCCUCACAAGCCUGUUGCCUGGUCUAAAAACAAACUCAAAAAGGAAAAGAAGAAGCUGAAAAAGGAAGGAAAGAACCACAAAGCUGAGAAAAGGAAACAUGAUACCAAUGACAAUAAGCUGGAAGAUGAAGAUGAUGAUGAGUUUGAUAAUGACAUUAGAUUAAUAAAGAAAUUGAAAAAAGGAAAGAUUACUCAAGAAGAAUUUGACAAAGACUUUGCUUGUGAAAAUAAUGAGGACUUUAAGGAUAGCAAUGAAACACAAGACUAAACAUAAAUAGUAUUCUAAAAUAAAAGUUUAAAACAGCUAA